AUGGUUGAAAGAGGUAUUCGACAGGGUGACUCAUUGAGCCCCCUACUUUUUACCAUUAUAAUGGAUGAAAUCAUAAAGAAGGUGCGCGAACAAAGAGGAUAUCAAAUGGGGAACCGCGAGAUAAAAAUCUCGUGUUAUGCCGAUGAUGCGGUCCUGAUAGCGGAAAAUGAGGAUGACCUGCAAAGGCUCCUGUAUACGUUCAACAUCGCAUCAACACGCAUCAACAAGUGCAUGACUACAUCUAAAACACCCUUAAGAUGUAAAUUGGUUGUCGAUGACAACAUAAUAGAACAAGUGAUGGAAUUCAACUACUUAGGCAUAAAAAUUUCGAGCUUCGGUGACAUAGAAUCAGAAGUAAGAGAACAAGCCAUCAAGGCAGCAAGAACAGCCUCACUAUUAAACAACACCAUAUUCCGUAACAAGCACCUAAGAAUGGAUGCAAAAGCGCGUAUAUACAAAAUCGCUAUAAGACCUAUACCAACAUAUGCGGCAGAAACAAGACCCGAAACAUCUAAAACACGCCAAAUCAUGGAAACAACUGAAAUGAAGAUAGUUCGCAGAAUAGCUGGGAAAUCACUAUGGGACAGAGUAAGAAGCGAAGGCCUUAGGAAAGAAUGCCAGAUCGAGAACAUCAACGACAGGGUAUUAAGUAGAAAAGUUGAGUGGAAUGACCACAUCACUCGCAUGACUGAUGACCGAGUGGUCAAAAAAUCCCGAGAUAAGUCACCAUCGGGGAGACGAAGCCUUGGAAGACCUCGAAAGCGCUGGAGCGACAGUCUGACUAUAUGA